AUGGCUGGCAUUAACAGGCGAGUUUCACAGCUAAUGAAGUGCAGCUUCUUCCAGGGGAUUCCAGCAGCCAUGUUUGACCUAUUUAUCAUGUUCUUUGCAUAUUAUACCGUUCUUCGCCGGCGCUCCACAUUUCCAAGUUAUUCGUGGACAGGCUGGAGCAGUUCUAUCGAUAUCAGUAUAGAAACGUCCGAUCCUAAUGAGACCAAUAAGUGGCUCAGGGACAGAACAUGGAUCAUCUGGUACAAGCGGAACCCUUCUGGUAUUACCAGUCUUGUCUGGGAUCCGGAUGCAAAUCCAUCAUUCCCAUUGUCAGACAUGGAAUAUGCGGGAUAUCGUCAAAGACGCCCUUUCUCCGAUGGUCGACACGUUCCCAGACAACUAGACACAAGGCGAACCGUGCCAACCGAACAGGUAUCCUUCUCUAGGGAAGUGCCAUCUUACCCCAUUCUGCAGUUCUGGAACCUUUCGCUAUUUUACAGAAUCUUUGAUAUUGAUGUUUUCAGGGCCAUCGGAUAUCUUCAAGGUUCAAACAGCAAGAAAUGCGGUUAUGUUUGGCUGGAUGGGUUUGAGGAAACGGAAUUUUUCGAAUCAGGUGGCUCUUUUGAGAUAAUACUUCUAUCCGAGGCAUACAGGGAUUUAUUUAAGGGCCAACGUGAGAUACAAUGGCUGGAGCCAUAUCCUCUAUCAGCUGGCCAAUGGGAGUACUAUAAUAUCUUGAUCCUGGAGUGGCACGGUGGUAUAGCUGAAAGGCGAGGUUUUGGUCUGCUUGACUAA